CUGGAGCCCUGGAGACCUCUCCUCCCAAAAAAAGCACCAAAAGACCUUACCGAACUUUUCAAACCUAACGAUUUCACGCUGAUAGAGAAGUUGACUGGGACUGUCGUGGAGAAAGGGUCCCAGAGCACUCAACGCACACACUAGAGACGCUUAUCGGAGCUUGUUGACGAUACUUAAACUCGACGACCGGACUUCUAGGAUGGCCAUUACAAAAUUUAGAUCAAAGAGUGAUAGGAAGGAAAGCACAUUUGUUCGGACAUCUUCUAAGAACGCAUUGGAGUAUAAUCAAUGCAAUCUAGACCUGGUUCGUUGGACUCGGCCCUUUGCUAGAUCCGAAGUUCUGAGUGGAGAGGCUGCCACACUACCGGAAUCAUCAUUUGAUCAUAAUCUCCGGACUGAGAUUAUGACGAAAUUGGGAAAACCUACACUAUUCUCGGCAAUAUCUGAACCAACAGUUACAGACCAAGACGCAAAUAUCAAAGACCCACGUUGGUCAAACCAUGUGGAGAUGCAGACUACUGCUAAAUUGGGACAUGUCCUUCAUCCUAUCCAGACUAAAUCAUCAGUUCUGUCAAGAUUUGACGACCAAGGGGUGGACAGAUCGAAUUCCAUGGCCGUCUUUUCGAAUACUAUCCCUGGAAUAUCCCACCUACUCCAAAGCUUCAGCUCGUUGCCGAAUGAUAUCAACCUCGAGAAUGUUCUGGAGUACCAUUUCAUACCCUCGCCUCUUCCAGGCAGUGGUUUUGACGUUAAGAACAAAUAUCCUAAAUUACGCAUCCUGGUCACCAUGAAGCGCGAUGGCAAUGUCAGACUGACAGGUGUUAGGCUUGACCUCUAUGAAGACUACAUCGAUGUGCUGCUCCCUGACCAGGCCACCGACAUACGCUUCCGACGACGGCAAUCGGCAUACCUGUAUCGGGCAGACGACGAGAAGCAUGUUGUUUCUUUCUUCAAAGCCAUUGCCAACAACAUCAAAGGUGACGGAAAGCUUUCCGCCCCCGCAUCUCUCAAACUCCCCAUCCCGACCUGGACCAUCAUCAGCCCGAACCGCACACCCUUCAAGCGCUUCAAGCUAGAUCCCUUCCGGACCGAAAUGGUCGACUUCAUCUUCCUCGGCAUCCAGCACCGCCAGACCGUUCUGAUGCCAUUCGGCAAACACGCCGACGAGGACCUGCCCUUUAGCGCCCACAACCUUGCGUACUCUGGCGUCGAAGCCGGCCAGCUUUCUGGGAAGUUUGGCGAGCUUUCUCUGAAGUACAGCAAGAAGAACAAGUCCAAGGACAUCCACCCCAAGCUGGCAAACGGCAUCCUCGCGCAUUUCGUCAAGUCUGCGUUCAAGGUUGUCGAUCGGAUCUCGUUGGGAUCCCUCAAUCAGAGCCCGUUUGCGGAACUACGACCGCAGAGUUGGAACGCGUCGCGCUCGACUGUCCUGACGGAGAAGCUGGAGUCGGAGAUUGUGCGUCUGUAGAAACACCUCUUAAGCUCCUGGGCUGGGGAAAAUAGGUGGCCGUGUAGCACGUUGUACAUACACUUGUAUUUGAUCGAAUGUUGCACUCUUCUUGCAUUGGUGGCGUUGGAGAAGGGCAUUGGUUGAAAGGGCUCUUGUAUUAUAUUUGUAGUCAAUCGCAUAGCGAAUUAGUGUAUGUGUUGGGCUAGUCGAUGGGCUCAAAGCAUGUUUUUGAAUCCUGUAAAUCAGAUGAGAUAUCCAGUCAGUGUACAUCUGCUUGCGACUGUUUGGGGCGUCUCGACACACCAUCAGGAAUCUGGAAGCUAUGAAAAUGUUGUGAGGGCGUGAUUGAAGCCGGUUUUGGAACGCCUUUGAACAACAGUGCCUAGCUGAGCCACCCCUCGAGGUCGGAUCCAACAAGCAAAAUCCACAUUAACAAGCUACAAUCUUGGAGCUAGCAAGCCAACAUCAAACAUCAUGAUACUCUAGCAAUGCCGAGUGUACU